GCCAGUCGAAAGCCGUAGGUCAAAAUUCAACCACCCCAAAGCCUCGUUUCCCACCUGUUUCCGAUUUUUUCCGGAUCCGGACAGCCCAGCCAUCCCGUUCGAUCCAUGGGUACGGUGGUCAGCACGCUGCAGCGCCCCAACCUCUUUGUCAGCAUGGACAGUACGCAUGCGCAGUUCGUGCGGGAAACCAUCAGCAGCAACAAGGUGGUGAUCUUCAGCAAGACCUACUGUCCCUACUGCAGCAUGGCCAAGGAGCAGUUCCGGAAGAUCAAUGUCAAGGCCACGGUUAUCGAGCUGGACCAGCGGGACGAUGGCAACGAGAUCCAGGCGGUUCUGGGCGAGAUGACCGGUUCGAGGACCGUUCCGCGGUGCUUCAUCGACGGCAAGUUCGUUGGCGGCGGCACCGAUGUGAAGCGCCUCUAUGAACAGGGAAUCCUGCAGAAAUACUUCCAAUGAGAAAUGGGGCAUUACGUACGAUUUUCCAUUUUGAUUCUUGUUUUCUGACACAAUAAACCGAUUGCAGUUGGCCGUUA